CGAUCUCUUGCUUCUCUAACCUGCACAAGAGUACCUGACACUCCCAGAAGCCCCUGAAUUCACAUCAAAAGUUGUGGCCGCCAGAAGCCUUUUUAAAGCAAAUCUUGCCCAUUAAAAACUUCAGAACCCCUCCGAUUCCAUGUGGUCGUCGGUAAAAGCUUCAGUGCAGUUGGUCCAACUCCCUGUCAAUCGAGAAGCUCCAUAAGUGCUAUGGCUGCUAUAAGUUUGCAUGCGGAACAAGGUACCCUUAAGAGCUCUUGACAUAUGAAAGUCUUCAGCCCCCAUCACUAGUUAUACCUGGCUUGUUCACUCAAAAGCCACAGCUCUGUCAAUUGUCGACGUUCUCAUAUGAUAAGGAUGUGGAAGUCGACUAUUGACUUCUGUCAAUUGUCACUACGAAUCACUUUCCGCGGAAGUCAUAGAAGUCAUAGUUGACAGGAUGCCCGGGAUGGCCGGGAUCGCCAUCAGGAUGCCCGGGAUGGCUGGGAUUCGCAAUCUCAGUUUUCAUCGGUCCAUCUCGCAUUCGAAACUUGGAUGGUUCAGCGCACGCAUUCAGCCAGGUGAUCAUAUGGCGAUGUCAAGGUUGGUAGGUUGACAUCAAGUUGACAUCCCAUGUAAUACAUUGAGCUAUGAGCUGGGUAGAAAGAGUCAAGAGAUGAAAUGGUGAAACAUUUGAAGUUAGAGGUUCACACAGAUCAGAGGAAGGCAAGGGGUUUGCCAACAUAUCCUGCCUUCUUGCCACCAUCGGCCACGAACGUUCUUUGGUCAAGUUGGGCAGCAAAGUUAGAUGUUUGAAGCGUCGGAAACAGAAUUUAGAGUGAGUUUCAUGAGUUUCGACAUGAUUCAUAUUUUUGACCUUACAGAGUUUGCUAGCCUCUAUCAGAAUUCCCUUCACCAACCGAGUGCAUUUAUUUGUAAACUGCUUUAUUUUCAAACUGCCAGCAGGGCAUCCACACUCAGAUGUGUCACCAUCCCUGGUUUGAGUGAAUUCCGUUGACACCCAACUGACCCAACUGGUAAACGGUGUCGGUUGAUGUCGUGCGGCUUCACCCUGGAUCCUUCAGAAUCACUUGUGGUGCCCAGGCAUGAACCACAGAAUCCAAAUGUCGUGACUGUCGUGACGACUGUCAACCUGACCGUUGGAACCGUUGGAACCGUUGGAAAAUGAUGAGGAAAACGGGCUACCAGCCAUGGCCAUGGGGUCACAUGGAAAACACAUGUCUCCUGUUGCUUGGAUGUUUGACAGUUCCUGAACCUGGCUGUGUUCGACACAGAAAAUGAUGGAGCCCAAAGUAAAGUGACUCACAUUUGAAUGCCCCUAAGUAAAGAUAGUCAAGUAAAGAAACCUAGAUUGGCGAUGGCUCUGAAAUUAGCUGUGGUGUCUAAGCACGAAACUGCUGCUGGAGUUUAAGUGAAACAACCUGGUGUAAGUGGACAGCCGACUCUUCAUAAUCAUGCCAAUUCAUUGUCGAAAAGGCUAUGACUGCUUUGACCUUCCAUCUGUUCUCAGAUCCAAAAUUUCUCCCUGUAAUUCAGUUCCCAUCAGGCGGUUGCAUGUGCGGUGUCGGGUUUUCCAUGUUGGUCAUAGAUGACUUGAAUCAACUGAAUCAACUGAAUCAACGAUGGCGAUGAGUUUGCCUUUGCUGCCUUUGCUGCCUUUGCUUCAUCAAAUUUACCAUGCACUUCGGCAACACCUGGGUCACUUCUAUGUUCCAUAUCUGCUGGCUGUAGCCUUGCGCCAACUCUUGUGAAAGCAGUCAGAGAUUUCAGGGAUCUCAGGGAUCUCAGGGAGAGGUGCUCCGCGGCACAUGAAUCUCAUGUGAAGCCAAUGUGAACUGCACUGAGCCGAGAGGUCACAUGAAGUUGAUGAAGUCCAGUCCGGAAAGAGCUCGAGCACCGGUCAAAGAUGGUCGAAGGAUGGCUACAGCAGUGGCUACAGUUGUAGCUUCUGUUAGGGUCUCUUUGGCCGAAACUUUCGCCAUUUUAGGAAUUUCCUUUUUCAACCUUCAUGACACUCUUGCGUCACCAAGCGCGUUCAGAACCGCAGCCAAAAUUGCAGAGGCACUGGCGAAGCCUCAAACUGCCAGGAGAACUUGCAAAGAUCUGAGCGAAAGCUGACGAGCUGACCAAAAAACACCUUGAUUUUGCUGACCGAAAACACCUAAAGCAUCUGAAGCCCUCACUUGAAAGUCACCAGGUCGAGCAGUGCCGAACUGCUAUUAGACAUCAAGAUGCGUCAAGAUGUGUGAGCAACAGAAGUAACGUAUAAAUUAUAUAAAGCCCAUUCCUUUAUGCGCUCUACCCCCUUUACCCCUAGUCCUGAUUUCUUGACCUAGGACCUAAGUCAGUGAAAUGACUGGGAAAGUGGAUCUUUUCAAAAGCGUCCCUUAAAUUCCUUCUCCUCCAAGAGACCAAGUUUAAAAGCUUGCAGGAAGUCCAUUACUUAGUGCAAAAACUAUCCUGCUUAAAAGAUGCAUUUGCAAAGUGCCAGAUGCUUUCCAGUUGAAAACUGGACUUUGAACAAUUGACGCAGCCAAAUCUCGAGUUUUGAACUUGGAAAGCCUGUUGGGCUCCGCGAGAUUUUGGCCUUCAGUUUUUCUGUUUCGACAUCAGCUUCAUCUGGUGCCAACAAGCUUCAUCGCGUUCAUCGCGUUCAUCGCGUUCAUCGCGUUCGGGUUCUCAAGUUCUGGUGCUCGGAGAGCGGCCGCGAUCGCGUGGAUCGCAGUGACCAUCCGGCCAUGACGCUGCGGCUGCGGAGAGGUCAUGCAAUUUUGAUGAAACCACGUGCGGCAAGCGUACCAGCACAGUCCCGGUCAAGCUCAAAGGUGUUGCCAUGUCCAGUUGAAUGCAUUCGAAGAGAUUGCACCAGUCCACCGAUCUACGCCUUCAGUGGUGGUCUUCGCUUCGGCAGCACUUGGACGGCAUUGUCCAGCGCGUAUAACGGCGUGAUCUACAGCAUCAACUUGGUCGGCUUGGCACAGCAGUUCGGCUUCACAUCCAUGGAACAGAUGUCGUGAUCCUCUCGACACCACAGGUGCCACGGAGGGCAUCCUGGAAAGCACUUGGAAAAUUUCACCUCCUGAACCGGCUUUGAAAGAUCAUCUUGAAUCAUUUUCCUAUUGGGACAUGAUACUUUUCCAAUUUUUUCCUCUACCUUGAC